AUGGCCGAGACGGACAAGAAGGUGAUGGAGAAGAGUCGAGAGAAGGAGGACCUCACGUCGCUGAUGCAUCCGCGGCAGCUCUUGGCCACACUGCUUUCGGGCUUCGACUGGCGCCGGGCGCUCAGCGACAACCUGGGCCGCGAGGGCCACGAUCAGGUGCGUUGCAUGACCUGCCGCUUUCUGGCCGAAGACUGCAGCGCGGAUGUCCCGAAGUCCCUGGACGUCCGCCACGCCCUCCGUGCCAUGCCGAGCUUCAUCUUCGGCGUGGAGGUGGUGCUGACCCAGGUCGGAACCGCCUGCAAGGACUGGGCUGCUCGAGCUGGUGACAUUCUGGAGGCGAUCGCGCAGACCCGGGGCAGCCAGUGCUUCAUCUGGGCGCAGCCGGAUGCGCAGGAUCAGCUUGGCCUGUGGAUCUUCUCGCAGCCCGACUGGCUCAUGAACGCCGUAGAUCGACUCCGGGCUUACGCGACAGGAUCCACCGCGGCCGCGCCAAGCCUUUCUGACCUCGUCGGCCUUGGCAAGAAGGCCCGUGGGCUGCGCCUUGUGCAGCCGAAGGAAGAGAAGUUCGAGGCCGUCUGUGACCUCUCGGAGUUCCUCCACUUCUUCGCAGCCCCUGGAGCGGCCGCCGGACCAGGCGUCCCAGCCAUGAGCCACGUGCGCUGGGGUGGUGAGGUGGCCCUGCCAAGCAUGAAGCGGUCGGCAGUGCCGAAGAAAACCUUGCUGGCCUCCUGGCGGCAGAUUGCUGCGUUGAUGGCCCUGACAGUACGUCCAGCCCAAACAGUCCCGGCGCAGCAGCUCAACGACCAGCUCGUCGCGGGGAAACAGCUUGAGAACAACAUCGUGAACGCCGAGAAGCGCGGCAAGCGCCAGGUGCUGAUCAGGCCGAACUCCAAGGUCAUCAUCAAGUUCCUGCAGGUGAUGCAGAAGCACGGCUACAUCGGAGACCUUGAGAGCUUGGGCUCUUUACAGAUCAUUGACGACCAUCGCGCCGGCAAGGUCGUCGUAGAGCUUAUCGGCCGCCUGAACAAGUGCGGCGUGAUCUCCCCUCGCUUCGAUGUGUCCGUGGAGGGCAUCGAGCAGCUGGCCAGCGACCUGCUCCCCUCGCGUCAGUUCGGGCACCUGGUGCUGCGGGGGCCCUCAGACGGCUGA